UGAAAUGUGUAUGGUAGUGUAUGGUUAGUUUGUAUCAGGAAGUCCUCCCCAUAAUCUAUAGAAGGUAUAUAAGUCGACGACCUCCCCUACGUUUACUCUUACCUCUGGAUAUCCAAAGAAUGAAGAGGCUCGUGUUGGGUGCGUUCCUCGGCCUGUUGUGCCUGGGCCAAGCGAGGGAAGAUACGGAUGGAAGGUUCGUCGCUGCCCGCUCUACCAAGACUGCCAUCUUUCUUACCACCAGCACUACCACUUCGCCCUUCACCUGCGUCUUCGCUACUAAUGGUGUCGUUUGUCAAAGGCGACGGAGACGCUACUCUGCCAUUGACAACGUGAAAAUGAUGGGAAAGGGAUCAGUUCUAGAGGGAUCUUUGUUGGAGGUAGAAGACAGAACCAAAAGGGAUGUACCAGAACCAGCUGAACCUGAGAGGGAAGCACGCAUUGCCUUCACCUUGUGGACUACCACCACGUCUACUUACACCAUUACCUCCACUUCUAUCAAUAGUUCCACUACAUUUUCACUCUCUUUCUAUUGUACUGUUAAUGGUGCAAACGAUCCUCCUGCAUGUGGAUAAAACCAUCGUUCUCAAGACGGACCUGAGGCUGUCAGUACAUGCUCGGGAGAAUAUGUGACUAUUUUUUCUUUUGUUUUAAUACCUUGUGCAAUGAUGACGGGAAUAACUAUACUUACACUGUCCCUUUUUCUUUUCUUCCUGAAUUAAUGACAAGUGUUACAGAGCUGUGUGGCUGCUUGCACUUCCUCUGUCCCCCUUUCCCCGGCCUGACGAGCUAAGGUUCUCAAAGUCGACCAGCGCUUCACUAAAAAUAUGCUUGUAUCGAAUUUAGUAAUACAGGGGUCAAAUAUGUAUGUAUGAAAUAAAAUAUUUAUGAUAA